UAGAUAGAGAAAGAAAGACGAGGGAGAGGGAGGGAGCUGGGUGAGUGUCAACCGAGUGGAUCGGGGCAAAAAGAUAGGCAAGUCCAUCUGCUCCAGACUGGACCAGACGACAGAGACAGCUGGACAGCAGAGAUACCAUCGUGGAACUAGCAAGAAUUAGUGCUAUUUGGCUCCCUCAGCAGAUAUUGUACGGUGUUUCUUCAAGUGAACUAGGAGCUUUAUGAAGACUGGAAGAACCCAAAUGUGACCACAGGUUAAUUAUGUUGGAGGAAAGCUCUAUAUACAUGGACAUUCAGUAAAAUCAAGCAGUAGCUUCUUCCUCCGAGAAACGGCUGAAUCAUGGAGAAGAAUGAGUUCCAAGUCCAGCAGUUGCAACCAAACAUCAUAUCUGUCCGACUAUUUAAACGCAAGGUGGGUGGUCUUGGAUUUUUAGUGAAGCAGAGGGUAUGUAAUCCCCCUGUGAUCAUCUCUGACAUAAUUCGUGGUGGCACAGCAGAGGAGAGCGGUUUGGUGCAGGUUGGAGAUAUCAUUGUGGCUGCCAAUGACAAGCCUCUGGUUGAUGUACCUUAUGAACACGCUCUGGAGAUGCUGAAGAACAUAGCCCCAGAGACAUUUGUUGUGUUGAUUUUGAGGGGUCCAGAAGGUUUCUCCACUCAUCUGGAGACCACCUUCACUAGUGAUGGGACACUCAAAACAGUGCGUGUUACCAAACCUUUGGUUCCUGUUACCAAACCAAGUGAGUCACCCAUUCAAGGCAUCCAAAGCAAAGACAACCUCAAAGCUGAAGAUAAAAGGAUGAGAGACACCUUUAACCCAGCAUCAGAGACAUGGAAAAAUGAGACCCCACAGGAGUCCAAUCCCCUAAUUCAUAUCAAAGGAAUGAUGUCUUUAGCUAAUGAAAAUUCUUUAAAGGGAUCAGAUGCCUGUUUUACCAACACAAACAACUUGAUGAAAGAUGGAACAGCUGAGAACGAUGAGCUUCUUAAAGAAAUUGAACCUGUACUAAAUCUGCUGAAGAACAGUAAAAAGCCAGAGAAGUGUGAUGCAGAAGUCCAAGUGGACAGGGGUGAGGUAAGCCAGCAGUGUUUGCAACCUCAAGCCAAGAAUGACCAAGUGUUUUAUGAUCUAUGGAAAAAUGAAAAUAUGCCAACAGUUCUUCCUAACCCUUAUUCUGAACAGAUAAUCCCAUCCGGGGGAGUGUCACCUAUGAAAAGUUUGUCAAAUGACAGUCCAUCCAAAUGUCCCCGUUUUAUUAAGAUAAAGAAUUGGGAAACAGGCGCUGUUUUAAACGACACAUUGCAUCUGAACUCUGGAACAGUAAAGGUAGCUGGCUGUACAGAACAGAUUUGCUUGGGAUCAAUUAUGAUGCCAAAUCAGCAAGUAAGAAAACCCAAUGAAGCCCGAAAAAAUGAGAAGCUACUUCCACUGGCAGCAGACUUUAUUAACCAAUAUUAUACGUCCAUCAGAAGGCAUGGGUCUAAGACCCACCUUCAGAGGAUUGACGAGGUGACAAACGAAAUUGAGACAACUGGCAAUUACCAGCUUAAAGAUACCGAGCUAAUAUAUGGGGCCAAGCAUGCCUGGCGAAAUGCUACCCGCUGCAUUGGGAGGAUCCAGUGGUCUAAGUUGCAGGUUUUUGAUGCCCGUGACUGUACCAGUCCUCAUGGAAUGUUCAACUAUAUUUGUAAUCACAUCAAAUAUGCAACCAACAAGGGGAAUCUCAGGUCUGCUAUCACAAUAUUCCCACAACGAACAGAUGGCAAGCAUGAUUUCAGAAUCUGGAACAGCCAGCUGAUACGAUAUGCUGGGUACAAACAACCCGAUGGUUCAGUCAUUGGAGACCCUGCUUCUGUGGAGCUAACUGAGAUUUGUAUGCAACAAGGUUGGAAAGGACCUAAAGGUUGCUUUGACAUCCUCCCCCUUUUGCUUCAAGCCAAUGGGAAUGACCCUGAACUAUUUGAGAUACCCCCAGAACUGAUCUUGGAAGUACCUUUCAGGCAUCCUAAGUUCGAAUGGUUUAAAGAUCUGAACUUGAAGUGGUACGGCCUGCCAGCUGUUUCAAACAUGCUUCUGGAUAUUGGAGGCCUUGAGUUUACAGCCUGUCCUUUUAGUGGAUGGUAUAUGGGAACAGAAAUCGGAGUCCGUGACUUCUGCGAUGCCGCUCGAUAUUAUGUUCUAGAGAAUGUUGCAAAACAAAUGGGACUUGACACCAGAAAGACAUCUUCCCUUUGGAAAGAUCAAGCAUUAGUUGAAAUAAAUAUUGCUGUCCUCCACAGCUUUCAGUCUGAUAACGUGACAAUUGUGGAUCACCACUCUGCUACGGAAUCCUUCAUGAAACACAUGGAAAAUGAGUAUAGAUGUCGAGGGGGGUGCCCUGCAGACUGGGUGUGGAUUGUUCCCCCGAUGUCAGGAAGUAUCACGCCAGUGUUCCAUCAAGAGAUGCUAAACUAUCAGCUAAGCCCAUCAUUUGAGUAUCAGGCAGAUCCCUGGUUGAAUCAUGUGUGGAAAGGAGUUAAUGGAACUCCCACUAAAAAGAGAGCCAUUGGAUUUAAAAAGCUAGCAAAGGCAGUGAAAUUCUCUACGAAGUUAAUGGGGCAAGCAAUGGCAAAAAGAGUAAAAGCCACCAUCUUGUAUGCCACAGAAACUGGAAAGUCCCAAGUCUAUGCAAAAACAUUAUGUGAAAUUUUCAAGCAUGCCUUUGAUGCCAAGGUGAUGUCCAUGGACGAAUAUGACAUUGUGCAUCUAGAGCAUGAAGCACUGGUGCUGGUAGUUACAAGCACUUUCGGCAACGGUGACCCACCUGAGAAUGGAGAAAAAUUUGGAUCUGCCCUGAUGGAAAUGAGACAUCCUAAUUCAAAUUCGGCAGAAAGGAGGAGCUACAAGGUUCGCUUCAACAGUGUGUCCUCAUUCUCAGAUGCCCGAAAAUCUUCAAGUGAUGAACCAGAGCACAAAGAUACCUUUGAGAGUACUGGACCUUUAGCUAAUGUUAGAUUCUCUGCUUUUGGUCUUGGCUCUCGAGCCUAUCCGCAUUUCUGUGCUUUUGCUCGAGCUGUGGACACUCUACUGGAGGAACUUGGAGGAGAGCGGAUUAUGAGGAUGGGAGAGGGGGAUGAACUCUGUGGGCAAGAGGAGUCAUUCAGGACUUGGGCUAAGAAAGUUUUUAAGGCAGCGUGUGAUGUAUUCUGUGUGGGGGAUGAUGUGAACAUCGAAAAAGCCAACAACUCCUUAAUAAGUAAUGAUCGCAGUUGGAAGAGAACAAAAUUUCGCCUGACCUACCAGACUACAGCACCCGACCUCACUGGAGCCCUCUACAGCAUUCACAAAAAGAAAGUUUAUGCUGCAAGAUUGUUAUCCCGACACAACUUACAAAAUCCAAAAUCCAGCCGUUCCACAAUUUUACUACGGAUGCACACAGAUGAGCAAAAAGAAUUACAGUACCAGCCUGGUGACCAUCUUGGGGUCUUCCCUGGUAACCAUGAAGAUUUGGUCAAUGCCUUGAUUGACCGGUUAGAAGAUGCGCCUCCUGUAAAUCAGGUCAUAAAAGUUGAAUUUUUGGAGGAGAGAAACACAGCUUUAGGCGUUAUCAGCAACUGGAGUGAUGAGAAUCGCAUUCCGCCUUGCACCAUCUUUCAAGUUUUUAAGUACUAUUUGGACAUCACAACUGUCCCAAGCCCACUCUUACUGCAGCAGUUCGCUCUCUUGGCAAGAAAUGAGGAGCAAAAAAAAAGGCUUGAAGUUCUCAGCAAGGGAUUGCAGGAGUAUGAGAAAUGGAAGUGGUACAAUAACCCGACCGUUGUCGAAGUGCUGGAGGAGUUUCCUUCUGUUCAGGUUCCAACAACCCUGCUACUUACCCAGCUUCCUCUGCUGCAACCUCGAUAUUACUCCAUCAGCUCAUCUCCUGACAUGUACCCAGAUGAGAUUCACCUUACAGUGGCUGUUGUUUCUUACCGCACAAGAGAUGGUGAAGGAUCACUACACCAUGGAGUCUGCUCUUCCUGGCUUAACAGAAUAGACACAGAUGAAAUGGUGCCUUGCUUUGUCAGAGGAGCACCUUCUUUCAGGCUGCCUAAAGAUCCAAUGAUUCCGUGCAUUUUAAUUGGACCGGGAACUGGAAUUGCUCCCUUCAGAAGCUUCUGGCAGCAGCGUCUGUAUGAUAUUGGGCAUAAAGGUGUAAAAUCGUGUCCCAUGACACUUGUGUUUGGCUGUCGUCAAUCAAAAAUUGACCACAUCUAUAGAGAGGAGACCAUUCAAGUAAAAAGUAAAGGUGUAUUUAAGGAACUCUAUACAGCUUACUCCCGGGAACCAACAAAACCAAAGAAAUACGUGCAAGAUGUUUUACGUGAACAGCUUUCUGACCAAAUAUUCAAACUGCUACAAGAGCAAGGUGGACACCUAUAUGUUUGUGGAGAUGUUACUAUGGCAGGCGAUGUGCUGAAGACCAUUCAGCACAUCUUCAAACAGCAUGGGAAGAUAUCAUUAGAAGAUGCCGGGGUUUUCAUCAGCAAGCUAAGGGAUGAAAAUCGUUAUCAUGAAGACAUAUUUGGUGUUACUCUCCGUACGUAUGAAGUUACAAACCGCCUUCGAUCUGAAUCCAUUGCGUUUAUUGAAGAAAGCAAGAAAGAUUCAGAUGAAGUAUUCUGUGCUUGAUUGAGAAGGUUCACUUGACAAUGAAAUCCUUGAUUUGGAAGAAGUUUAGUUCAAUCUUGAAGACUUCAUUGAGCAUCAGAGUCCACAGGAGAGCAGAUGUUGACAGGAUAUAGAGAGAGCCUACUUAAUCUUUUUAUAUUUUUACACAAGGGAGAUUGUUCUGUAAUUUGUUACAUGGUGCAGCUAUUGUUGUGUCAAUUUUUUGCCAAUGUGUUGCUUUUAAGUAACUGCAACAUCUGCUCUAAGCAAACGAGAAACUUUUUUUUUCAGCUGUUCAAUGACAAAAAAAUUGUUGCAUGAAAUAAAAGCAACUUUAUCACUUCCUUUAUAAAAUAUUAAGAGUUCAGCAUACACAGGCUUCAUUUUAAAACACCAAUGUAUUUCUUUGGUAAAGAUAUAUUUUAAAGAUCAACAGGAGUUAACUCCUUGAUUUUUUGAAGAAUGAGUGAUAGAUGCAGUCCGCUAACUUGCUUUGUGUGUCUCUUACAAAGUUAGCAAAAAAGCAUAUCAAACAAUUAUGUGUUUCUUCUUUGUGAAAGUACAGUCCUGAUGUUUGCAUGCUUUGAAGGUGUAAAAUGUGAUAAUUCCCAGAUUAUGUGGCAAGUGGAUGAUGGUUAAAUAAGAUCUCUUUAAGAAUGUAGCAACAUGCAAUCACUUAUUCAUGAGGGCUGGGUACCAGGUGGACUGCUGGUACAGCAUAAUGGCCUCAAUGGCACUCUCCAGCAGCUCCAUUAAUAAACAAGUUACAUUCUCAGCCGGAGGCCUGGAUUUUCAUGGAGUUGGGCUGAGUCCAGUGGCUCCCAAGACUGGGAUUCCUGCCCGUUCCUGUUCCUGGCAAUUUUUGCCAGCACAAGAUAAGGUUACAGAUAGCCAGCCCGCAUGCAGCUCUCCCACCCUUGCCAAUUCCAUUGAAGGACUGGGAAUUUCAACCCCACCUCCUGCCUUCCCGUUCCCCCCCACCUCCCCCACAAUUUUGAUUGAGCUGGGCCCACUCUGUUAGUAUACCUGAUCCAUGAUAUCUCAGAGGAGUUGUGAGCCAUGGGGAUGGGCAUUAGUUCUGAGUUGGGAACCCAAAAAAAACCAGUCAUUCAACAUUCCCUUUGAAAUAUAUUUCUCCUUUUAUGUUCUAAUAAAACUUUCAAUCAAUCGCAGCCAUUCAAUGACAAAAACCUUUUAUCCACCAUAUCUCUCAAUUGUGUGUAAGUAUACACAUGGACAUCGAAAAAAUUUUUUUCAAAGAAUGAUCAUGUUAUUACAACCCUUUAAAUAAAAAUAAAAAAUAUACUUCAUGACAGUUGCAAAGAGGGUUGUCUUAUGAUACCUUUUAAUGCUAAACACUAUCAUGCUAAAUUGAAGAAUUGGUGAAAUCCUACUCCAAAUCAAAAUGACUUAGUUAGAUUAAUUGGUCCAUUAAUAUGCAUUGUCUCAAAAUGUCUGGUGAAAAAGAAAAUGGGGGUAUUUUAUCAACUUUGUGGCCUCAAUUAAUUCAGGUUUUUUUUGUGUGAACAUGAUGUGAUCAAUAACCAGUCGAUGCUAAAGGAAAUUCAAGCUUUCUGUCCUUCUUUUCUCAUUAUUUUACAUUCACCUACGGACUGCAUUGGUCAGUUUAUUUUAGACUUUAUUUUAAACAAUAGUAGAAGCAAAUAGCCAAUGACUUUUAGUGAAAUCGAUUCUGACAGGGAACUAUAAAAUGAUUGCGUUAAGCAACCUGCCAUUCAUAGGAUAACAUACAGUCUGCAGGAUGUUACUGGACAAUAUAUAUGAAGGGGCCUUAGUGGUAUCACAACAACAAAGUUGGUUUAUUAUCUCCAAUCCAUGAUAUUUUAUGAUGCAAUUUUUUUUUAGCAGUUUCAAUGUUCCUGAGAUUGUUAGACAACAAUGAACAGACAUUGCCUGUGAUCUAAUUAAUUUGCAUAGAGUGACAUGGGAAAGAAUGUCCCAAGAACAUAGCAUAACACAGACCUAUUAUGGCAAUACAUACAGAAUAAUCUAUGGGAAUUACACAGAGGUUACAUGUGAGAACUUAAAUCACAAGUGGCCAAUGAAUCAAUCACCUGAAACCAGCUGUAUUCCCUCUCCCAUCCUAGCAUCCAAUUGCAUUUUGAACAACGUGAAUGAUUUAUUUGAAACCUGAGACAUGAUAACUGUCUUCAUUUCAUUUGAGGCAUUGGUUUAAAUUGUAACAUGUUAGAUAAGGACAGUUCUUUAACAGGGUUUUCUUUCUAUUGUAAUGUCAUCUGGUAAUAUAUAUAGUGUAAAGGUUUUUCGAUGGUGUAUUGUGAUGAAAAUAAAGGCAGGAAGCAAUUUUAGCAAGAUGUUUUUAAAAAGUGUCAGGGCUGAGAGAAGGCCUAUUCAAUCAUCAUAAUUCAUCUUCUAGUACCCUGAAUUGCUGAUCCAUAUUUUGAACAAAUCCAAUAUUUUUGAUUCUGAUAUGCUUGUUCCAAAAGCAUUUUUGAACAAAGAAAGCCUCCUGAUAUCGCUUUAUAUUUAGCUUCAUCAAUUACCAUUUAGGAAAUUCCAACUGGUCCUCCUCUCUUGAUGUAUCAGUUAACAUAAAAUAUUUUGAUAAGGCACUCCCUUAACUGCUUUCUUUCUAAAUUACAAAGCUUAAACUCUUCUAAUCUCCCUUCAUACAUGUUUUCGGGUGGGUAGUGUGGCAGGUUCUGCAGUAUAGUAUUUUUUAAAAGGGCACUGUCUUCAUAAGAAACUAUCACAUAUCCUAAUUAGCACCAAAUAAUGUAUUUCUAGGAGAAAUGGGUAAUUAAAGCACUUUAAGCUGACUAUUGAAUUAUGGCUAAGAAUGGUAUUGCAUGUUAAAGUGUGUACUGUACUGAGGUGAGCUAUAUUGAAUGAUAUCAGCAUAACUAUAUAACCUGAUGAGCUUCAUGGCAUUAGAGCUUCAGUGAAAUUUUUAAAAAAUUGCUUUUCUGUAACUUUCCAAAAUGUUUUUGUCUUGCCAAUGUGACCGAGAUGUUCAUUUUCUUGUAAUUUAAGAUAAUUUAAAAUGAUUCUGGAUCUUUUACUGUUUCUGAUCACAAAAACUGCACUUUGUGAAUGUACCCUUUUUCUGCAUAAUCAAUUUUGCAUUAUAUAUAAUACAUUUACACUCAGUGUAACCAGCUCAACAAAUAACAAAAACUGAUAUUUAAAGUAAUUGUAAAGCAUUGAUUUAAGCUUUAUUGACAUUAUGUCAUUGAGAAAUUUUUUUUUUGGUUUGAAUAUGGUUUGAUCAAUAACUCACCUAUGCAGGAAUUGUUAUGAAUAACUUCACAACCAUGUUCUAUGAUAUGCUUUCAAUAAAUAUCAAUAAACACC